GACACCUGUAUGGGAAGUGUCUGCGCAUGCGCGCCACUCGCUGUCCACUGCUCUGGUGCUGCUGCUGUAGUACUGCUGCGUGUGUAGAGCUCUACCGAGGCGAGAAGCAUCACCAAACGCAAAGAUGGCGACCCGGAUUAUGCAAGCAGCCCGAUGCCCGACAGAUGAGCUGUCACUGACCAAUUGUGCUGUAGUAAAUGAGAAAGACCUGCAGUCUGGACAGCAUGUGAGUGUGAGGACAUCGCCCACCCACAAGUUUGUGUUCACUGUAAAGUGUCACCACUCUGUGGUUCCUGGCACGAUAGCUUUUAGUUUGCCACAGCGAAAAUGGGCAGGCCUGUCCAUUGGACAAGAAAUAGAAGUGGCAAAUUACAACUUCGACAAAUCCAAGCAGUGUACUGGAGCCAUAACCGUUGAAAUUGACUUUCUGCAGAAGAAGAGCACUGACUCAAAUCCCUACGAUUCGGACAAAAUGGCCACCGAGUUUAUCCAACACUUUAAUAAUCAGAGUUUUAGUGUGGGACAGCAGCUGGUCUUCAGUUUCUGUGACAAGCUCUUUGGGCUUGUUAUAAAGGACAUUGAGGCUAUGGACUCCAGCAUACUGAAAGGAGAACCAGCAUCUGGCAAAAGGCAAAAGAUUGAGAUUGGUCUGCUGGUUGGAAACAGUCAGGUGAUUUUUGAAAAGUCAGAGAGUUCAUCUCUUACUCUAGUUGGCAAGGCCAAAACCAAGGAGUCCCGUCAAGCCAUAAUUAACCCAGACUGGAACUUUGAGAAAAUGGGCAUCGGUGGUCUUGACAAGGAGUUCUCGGAUAUUUUCCGUAGAGCCUUCGCUUCCCGAGUAUUCCCUCCUGACAUUGUGGAGCAGAUGGGUUGCAAACACGUGAAAGGCAUCCUGCUCUUUGGUCCUCCUGGAUGCGGAAAAACCUUGAUGGCCAGGCAGAUUGGUAAGAUGCUAAAUGCCAGAGAGCCAAAGAUCGUGAAUGGUCCAGAAAUCCUCAACAAGUACGUGGGUGAAUCUGAGGCCAAUAUAAGGAAGCUGUUUGCAGAUGCUGAGGAAGAACAGAAAAGGCUUGGUGCAAACAGUGGCCUGCACAUCAUUAUCUUUGAUGAACUGGAUGCUAUCUGUAAGCAGCGUGGCACAAGUGCUGGCAGCACAGGUGUGCAUGACACAGUUGUAAACCAGCUUCUGUCAAAAAUCGAUGGAGUUGAGCAGCUGAACAACAUUCUCGUCAUAGGCAUGACUAACCGUCCUGACUUGAUUGAUGAAGCUUUAAUGAGACCCGGCAGAUUUGAAGUAAAGAUGGAGAUCGGUUUGCCGGAUGAGAAGGGCCGUGUUCAGAUCCUGAACAUACACACAAAUAAGAUGCGAGAGUUUAAUCUGCUCGCAUCUGAUGUGGAUGUUAAAGAGCUCGCUGCUGAGACCAAAAACUAUAGUGGAGCAGAACUGGAGGGCCUGGUUAGAGCUGCCCAGUCUACUGCAAUGAACCGCCACAUUAAGGCCACAUCCACUGUAGAGGUGGACAUGGAGAGAGCAGAGAAGCUCCAGGUCACACGGACAGAUUUUAUGGCGUCAUUGAAUAAUGACAUUAAACCUGCUUUCGGUACCAACCAAGAAGAUUAUUCAAGUUAUAUAAUGAACGGCAUCAUUAAGUGGGGGGAUCCAGUCACCCGAGUGCUUGAAGAUGGAGAGCUGCUGGUACAGCAGACCAAAAACAGUGAUCGUACACCACUGGUGUCCAUGCUUCUUGAGGGGCCUCCCCACAGUGGCAAAACAGCCCUGUCUGCUAAGAUCUCAGAGGACUCACAGUUUCCGUUCAUUAAGAUCUGUUCUCCGGAUAAGAUGAUUGGUUUCUCUGAGACCUCCAAAUGUCAGGCCAUCAAGAAGAUCUUUGAUGAUGCCUACAAGUCUCAGCUCAGCUGUAUUGUGAUUGAUGACAUUGAGCGCCUAUUAGAUUAUGUGCCGAUUGGUCCGCGCUUUUCCAAUCUGGUCCUUCAGGCCCUGUUGGUUUUGCUGAAGAAGAUUCCACCUCAUGGUCGAAAGCUGCUGAUCAUUGGUACCACCAGCCGCAAGGAUGUGCUGCAAGAAAUGGAGAUGCUGGAUGCGUUCAGCACCACCAUCCAUGUGCAAAACAUCUCUAGUGGGGAACACCUGGUUGAAGCUCUGGAGCUCCUGGGCAGCUUCACAGAUGCUGAGAGAACCACCAUUGCCCAGCAUGUAAAGAGUAAAAGAGUGUGGAUUGGCAUCAAGAAGCUUCUCAUGCUUAUUGAGAUGUCUCUGCAGAUGGAUCAAGCAUACAGAGUAAGCAAGUUCCUGGCUCUGCUGAAAGAAGAGGGAGCGGACCGCGGUUUCUGCGAGUAACACAAGACAGAAGACUUCUAGAGGUAUUCGCCCUCUGCAUGUUCCCUCGGCAACUACAAGCAAACCCCGCCCCUCACAAUAUUGAUAACCCGACAGGGAUCGCAGAACCAUCCUGUGGUCUCCGUUCAUAUCCAACCACGAUAUCAAAUAUUGUCUUGUGCUUUGUGUAAUAUUUCUGUAAGCUGUUUAUUUACAUGAAUGUGUAAAAGAAAUCUUUAAAAAAACAUGUACAUAUGUGGCUAUAUGCAAAACAUAUAAACACUAUAGAUGGUCUAUAUCCUGCAACAUGUGUAAGUAGGAUUUAAGAAUGCUGUUAGUGUGUAUACAGUGAACGUAAGCUGUGCUGUCUGUAGUGUGCAUACGCAGAAACCUGCCUUUGUGAUUGUGUUGUGGUAACACACAAGAAACUACAUAUAGAUCACAGUGUUAUAUUUAUGAUUUUGUAUAUAGUUUUAAUAUACAACAUACAAUUCAUUUGUUUUCAUUUGAAUUUAGAUUCUGGUUAUGGUGUCAGAGCUUGUAAAACAUACAGUAUAUAUAUAUAAUAUAUGGAUGUAAACUAUCUCAACUGUAUGUUUUUUAUUUAAACACAAGUGUUCAAGAUUCAACCUCAUUGAGAAUAUCUUUAAAUUUAAUAUAGGAGAUCAGUUCAAGUGGAUUGAUAAUCUGAAUGUGUGUGUGUGUUUUUGUGCAUGUGUGCGAGCAUCUAAAAGAGUCAUCUCAUUUGUGUGAGUGUAUUGUCUGUGUAUAGUGUGUGUAGAUAUUGUUUCUGAAUUUAUUAUUUAUAAAAGUGUUGCUUUCGGUAUUGAUUUCUGGCUGCCCACUAAUUCACUUGUUUUGAAUGGUUUCUGUGUUCGAUGUCCAGAUCUCUAUGAUCUGUUAUGACGUUUGGAGAUGUGCGACCAGAUGCAAAAUUGUGUUACUGCAAUAAUAAAAACAACAACAAGAACAUAGACAUUCUGA